CACGCGCGAUCUUGUCUUCAACCUUGGACCCUCCCAGGGCAACACCAAGCUUUCCUUUCGUUCUCCUGACGGCGUAGCUGCCAGCAGAACAUCCCUUCUUGUCACUCUUUUCAUUGGCAUAGGCCAUAUUUUUAUUUUUCUUUUCUUUUCCUUCUUUCCCUCGAAUCAGUUUCUCCCUUCCUGGCAUCACCGAGUCCAAUCUCGGGUUGUCCAAAAUGACGUCCAAAUACAAGGACAAGGACGGCGACGUUGUCCUCACCUUCAAUGCUCAAUGGGUGGCUUGGGCCCACACCAUCUCGGCAUACACGGCGUUCAUCGGCGCCUUCGUCGUCGGCGUCGCCCUCCAUUAUCACAAGAUUGUCCAAAAUGAGUGGUUCGGAUACCCCGAAGAAUGGUUCCCCUCGGUAUCGGCAACCAUUGGCGACCGAUACCCCGAGCGGUCUGUCUUUAUGGUUUGGAUCGCCAUCACAUCCGGUCCCCGGUUCGCCCUCGUCGGUCUAUGGUACCUCCUCACCCGGAAACCCGGCCAGAGGCUGCCCGGGUUCGUGUUCGCCAUGGGCAUUCUCCGGACUCUGACGUGCGGCGGCUUCACGUACGUCACCUCCACCGACGACCAUGACUGGCACGACAUCUUCAUGAUCUGCUACAUCAUCGCCACGUUGCCCUGGACUCUGGGCUGCAUUGCCCUGAGCCCUCCGAACCCCAGGGCCAUCCGGUACCGCAAGAUCAUCGCGAGCUCCUUCUUCGGCACCCUCGUGCCCCUCAUCUACUUCUUCAUUCAGCAUAAAGUGCAUCGGGUACCCGGAGCCUAUACCAUCUAUGCUUUCUUCGAAUGGGCGCUUAUUCUCUUCGACGUUGCCUUUGACACGGUUGCAAUUAUUGACUUUGACACUUUUGAAGUGGUAAUCAAGGAUGUCAAGGGCUCGAGCAAGGGGUACGUUCAAUGGCUUCCGAAAUAUGAGAACCGAUCGACUGUCCCUUCCGCCGUUAUCGAAAAAGAGAAAGCAAAGGCGACCGGUGGCAUCUUCGCCGUCCACUUCACCUGGAGCGAAGCCCUCGACACGGCUGCCGAGGUCUACCAUGGCUUUAUCUUCUGGUCUCUGCUCACGAGCCUCGGGGUUACCGUCUGGUAUUUCCCUCUGUGGCACAUGGGCAUUUCCGGCUACGAGGCGUUGGUCAUGUGCACGAUUGCUCCCUCCUUGCUCGCCAUCAAGCCUCUUCGCCGCCUAGUCGUGUCGAACCAGCGCCUGGUUCAUCUGCUCUCGAUGGUGGGCAUGGUAGCGUACAAGAUCGACAGCCCCGUCAAACGUCUCUUCGCGGUCUCUUUCGGGCUCUCCAUGUCUUGCCUCGGCUGGGCCGCCACGCUCUUCGGAGAAUCGGUUCACGAGGGCCGGCUCGAGUCGAAGGUCCUGGCGUGGGCGAUCGGCCUCAUCCUAUCCUCCACUCUCAAGUUCGCUUGGUACACCAACAACCCCGUGUGGCCCAUCAUGCAUGCCGCUAACGGCGGUUGGAAUGGAAUCGGCGGUAUUCUGGCCGUCCUGGCCGUGUUCCGCUUCACGCGCAAGGGAUCCCUGACGAGCGGAGAGGCCGGCGCGGACUCGCAACGCGGCGGCUCUUCGGUGCUGGCCGCUUGUGGCUUCGGCGGUCUGCUCUUCGGCCUGCACUCCCUCUUGUCGGACACGAGCACCAUGAUCCUCUGGGUCUGGGAGGGCUAUCCGAUUCGUGGGCCGACUGCGAACACGUUCGGCUGGAUGACCGCUAUCGCCAUGACCGUGGGCGUCCUCGUCGGGCUCUACCGGCCUUCGCUCACGACGACUUGGACGGCGUAUGGUAUUGGGUGUGUUGGAGCGGCCGUCGUGACCUUCUACCACAACUGGUUCGGUUACUCCGGAGCGCUGGCCAUCGCCGUCUACCUGAUGGCGCUAUCGGUGCCUUUCCUCUCCAACGCUUCGAAGAGGAACCCGGCGGUCGUGUUCGGCCUGGGCUUCUUCAUCUACAACUUUAUGGUUCUCUUCCACGUCUGGGUCGUCGCCUACGCUUUUGUUCCGGGCGGACCCCUCGUCCGGGAACACACCGACUGGGUGAUGGCGACGAUGAUGCUGCUUAUCGGAUGUGGCGUCCUCGAUCUGAUCUCGACGACCAAGUCCCCCCGGCGCAAGACGCAGCGCCCGUCGGCUUCGACGUCGCAGCGGAGGAAAUUCCACACGGUGGCCGUCGGACUCGUCAACGUGUUCUUCCUGGCAGCGGCAUUCAUGCGGUUCCCGGCGAAUGACUACAAGCCCUACCACCCGGAGGACCGACUCAUUACGGCGGGCAUGUGGACCAUUCAUUUCUCGCUCGACAACGACAUGUGGUCGUCCGAGUACCGUCUGCGGGAUCUGAUCAAGGAGAUGGAGCUGGACGUGAUCGGUCUGGUGGAGUCGGACAAUCAGCGGAUCAUCAUGGGCAACCGCGACUCGACGCAGUUCCUGGCGGAAGACCUGGGCAUGUACGUCGACUACGGUCCGGGCCCCGACAAGCACACGUGGGGCUCGGCGCUGCUCUCCAAGUUCCCGAUCCUCCGGUCGGAGCACCACCUGCUCCCGUCGCCGGUGGGCGAGCUGGCGCCGGCCAUCUGGGCGACGUUGGACGUGUACGGGCGGGAGGUGGACGUGUUCGUGUUCCACUCGGGGCAGGAGGAGGACCCGGAGGACCGACGGCUGCAGGCCGAGUACAUGUCGCGGCUGAUGGGGUCGACGACCCGGCCGGCCAUCCUGCUGAGCUACCUGGUGACGAAGCCGCUGCGGGGCAACUACAACACGUACGUGAGCGCCGAGUCGGGGAUGCACGACAUCGACCCGAGCGACUGGGACCGGUGGUGCGAGUACAUCCUGUACAAGCGGCUCCAGCGGGUGGGCUACGCGCGGGUCAGCCGCAGCACCAUCACGGACACGGAGCUCCAGGUGGGCAAGUUUGUGGUGCCGGAGACGGAGGAGAGGAGCGACGCCAUCGAGGCGCUGGACGAGACGGCGCGCGACCGGCGGGUGGAAGAGGGGGAGGUGCCGGUCGGGUGGCGGUUCCCUGCGAUGUUCCGUGGGCAGGGCGUUCGUGGACACCGGUACCAUGUGUUCAACGAGCCCCGAUACUACAACCACUAAAGCGGGAGCUUUACAAUAUUUUUCCGCUCUGUAGAGAUAAAUGGACAAGGAGAGUGAGGAGAGGAGCCUUUACUUUUUUACACGAAUGGAACGGCAUGGGAUGGAAAAG